GACUUCCUUUCAAUGCCCGGAUGUUGCCUAGUAGAAAGGGAUGAGGUCCUCGGAAGAUAAAAAAAACACCCCAAUGAAACCGGAAUAAAAGUUCACUCAAAAUGAGCUGGAUUCCCUUCAAGAUUGGACAACCAAAGAAGCAGAUUGUCUCUAAAACUGUUGAAAGAGACUUCGAGCGUGAAUAUGACAAACUCCAAAAGCUGGAGGAUCAGACGAAAAAGCUUCACAAGGACAUGAAGAAAAGCACUGAGGCUGAUUUAGCCAUGUCCAAAGCAGCGGUGAAGAUCUCUGCAGACCUGCUGAGUAACCCGCUGUGUGAGCAGGACCAGGCCUUCCUGGAGUCCAUGACUGCCUUAGAUACAGCAAUGAGAAGGAUGGACUCCUUCAACCAGGAGAAGGUCAACCAGAUCCAGAAGACUGUUAUCGAUCCUCUGAAAAAGUACAGUGGCGUCUUUCCCAGCCUCAACAUGGCAGUGAAACGUCGGGAACAGGCACUGCAGGACUACAAACGGCUGCAGUCCAAAGUGGAGAAGUAUGAAGAAAAAGAAAAAACUGGGCCCGUUAUGGUCAAACUACAUCAGGCCAGAGAAGAGCUCCGGCCAGUCAGGGAAGACUUUGAGGCCAAAAACAAGCAGCUGCUGGACGAGAUGCCCAAAUUCUACCACAGCCGCAUUGACUACUUCCAGCCCAGCUUUGAGGCUCUCAUUCGGGCGCAGGUGGUCUAUUUCACUGAAAUGUACAAGAUCUUCAGCGAGUUAACAGACCAGAUCGACCAGGCAGGGUUGACUGAUGAGCAGAGGGAGAGGGAGACUGAGGCCAAGCUCAGCGAGUUGCGUGCUCUGUCCAUUGUCGCAGACGACUGAGGGAGGAAAACCGAAAACCGGGAAGGGCUCCUUUCAUGCCUCUCUGAAUGGAUUGCACUCUUUUCAGGCUCCUCUGCGCAGUUAAAACGGACAGCAAUGGCCUUAACCUGAUUAUCAGUUUGUUUCCUUUUGCCCCCCCCCAUUCCUAUUGCACUACACUCCCAUGUUUCAUUCUCUCUACAAAGACUCUGCAACUCAGAGCAGCUGAAAUGCCACAUUAACUAAGCCAUCAGCCAAGUGCAACAUUAUAAGCCAAUAUAUAUAUAUAUAUAUAUAUAUACAUUUUUUAAUUUUUUUUUAGUAAAGGAAUCAAACAGCUCUCGUCAGAACUAAUUAACGGGGUUACACUUCUUGGUUUCAGAAAUGUCUAUAAGCAUUUGUUUCUAAAGUAGGAAAUGAGCAAGGAAAUGUUUUUAUUCGUUACAUCUAUGUUACCAACAAUCUACCAACUUUGAAACUACCAACUUUGAAAUUACAAACACUACAGACUGAAUGUUAUGUAUGGUACUGUAGGUUAUCAGCAAGUAAAUGUAUUUCUCUAGUUUGGCCUUUGCUGGUUAUCUGUGAGUUUAGCUCUGUGCCAUGGUGUGUGAGGGCUUUUGACGGGGAUUUACAGAGAUGAUACUUGUAACAUCCCCUGUGCAUAAUGUGCCUACAUUGUCCUGACUGUGGAUGUAACAUGUAAACUAACUUGUGUGAAGUUAGAUUGUGCCUGUGCAGCGGUGUAGAAAGAUCAACCACUCGGGCUGCGGAGAGAACAAGUUGCCCUUGAAGUUGAAUCACUGUCCAAAACAAAGGCUGGUGCUCCCUCUAGUGGAAAAUACUGACCAUGACACACAAUUUCCUUUUAUUCACACCAUCCAUCCUUUGUUCUAUUGUUGGUAGUUCAGUUCAUCUGUUAGCAAAGAACCUCACACAUUGUUGGCACUCUAGAGAAAGUCCUUUUUCUGUACCCUGUACACAAGGGUUGGAAGCCAGCCGUUUUUGGUUUUUCUUGAUUUUGGACCAAAUCAUCAUACUGUCAUUGCACUCCUUUGUUUCCACCUUUUAUCAGGUACAGCCUCAGUAUGACCACCACGCUCUGGUUAAUGGGGCUAUAUGUUAAUGUACAAACACUAAUUGCUCCCAUAUCACGUUACUGGAUUUUUUUUGAGGUGUCAUACAAAGAAGUUAACUAUUUAUUCUUUGACAGUCCUGUUUUGAUAUUGAAAUUGAAGCAAAUGCAGAGUCGAUUUCCUGUCUUUGUGUCCUGCAACAUGAAAUCGUUAGAGUUGCCUGUAAAAAAGUGUAUUAAUAAAGGUGUUUUUUUUCUAAAUGUGUUUAAGUUGUAGUAGAGGUAGAUUUUUUUUUUUUUUUAUCAAUAACUAAGUGAAUACUUUAAAUUUAGUGUUGGGUUUGUUUGUUUUUUAGGUUUUUAAUUGUAUUAAUAGCACAAUCUGUUAAGACAAUGUUUUGAGCUCUCAUCUCAAUGUAUAAUCAAUCAUGAAAUGAAUGAACAGUGAGAAUAGCAACCAUGUCUACAAUCUGCAUUGUUAACCUUAAAUUUAUCAAGGCAACGAUAUAAUAAAGUUCGGAUUUCAACUGCAUAUUUCUCAGAGCAAAAUCUCACAACCCCUGCACUCAGUCUGAGUUUUUGAUU